AUGAUCCGACAAUUUAGUUCCAGAUCUGGCUAUCGGAGUGGUGGUGGUGGUGGCUUCAGCUCAGGCUCUGCUGGGGGGCUCUCCUCCAGCCGCAGGGUGACCAGCAGCUGCACCAUUCGAAGGAGUGGAGGAGGUGGGGGUAGGUUUUCAGGUGGAAGCUAUAGAGCUGGUGGUGGUGGUUUUGGCAGCCAAAGUCUGGUUAACUUAGGUGGCUCUAAGAGCAUCUGUCAGAGUGUUGCUGGUGGCAGUUAUGGAAGAGGUGGUUUUGGUGGUGGUGGCUACGGUGGUGGUGGAUUUGGUGUUGGCAGCUAUGGUGGCAGUGGUUUUGGUGGUGGCAGCUAUGGUGGCCGUGGUUUUGGCGGUGGCGGCGGUGGCUUUGGCGGUGGCAGCUUUGGCAGUGGAGGCUAUGGUGGUGGUGGCUUUGGAAGUGGGGGAGGUGGUUUUGGAGGAGGAAACUUUGGUUCCGUCUGCCCCCCUGGAGGCAUCCAAGAGGUGACCAUCAACCAGGGGCUCCUGCAGCCACUCAAUGUGGAGAUUGACCCUGAGAUUCAAAAAGUGAAGACUCGAGAGAGGGAACAGAUCAAGGACCUCAAUAACAGAUUUGCCACCUUCAUUGACAAAGUGCGGUUCCUGGAGCAGCAGAACCAGGUGUUGCAGACCAAAUGGGAGCUGCUGCAGCAGGUGGACACUUCAACUCGGACCCACAACCUGGAACCCCUAUUUGAGGCCUAUGUCUCUACACUUAGGCAGCAGGUGGAUACACUGAAGAAUGACCGGUCACGGAUGGAGUCAGAAUUGAAAAAUUUGCAAGACAUGGUGGAGGACUUCAAGGGAAAAUAUGAAGAUGAAAUCAAUAAACGCACUGAUGCAGAGAAUGAAUUUGUGACCAUCAAGAAAGAUGUGGACAAUGCAUACAUGAACAAGGUUGACCUUCAGAGCAAGGUGAAUCUGUUGACAGAUGAGAUCAACUUCUUCACCGUCUUGUAUGACACAGAACUAUCCCAGUUGCAGACUCAAAUCAGCAACACCAAUGUCACCCUGUCCAUGGACAACAACAGGAACCUGGACCUGAGCAGCAUCAUUGAUGAGAUCAAGGGACACUAUGAUUCGGUUGCCGAGAGGAGCAAAGCUGAGGCUGAGGCCAUGUAUCAGACCAGAUAUGAAGAGCUCCAGAUCACUGCUGGAAGACACGGAGACCAACUGAAAAACACAAAGAGCGAGAUUUCUGAGAUGAAUCGAAUGAUUCAAAGACUCAAUUCUGAAAUUGAUUCAGUGAAGAAGCAGAUUUCCCGGCUCCAGCAAGCCAUUGCUGAUGCAGAGCAGCGUGGGGAGAAUGCCCUGAAAGAUGCCCAGGGCAAACUAGCAGACCUGGAGGAUGCACUGCAGAAGGCCAAGGAGGACCUUACCCGGCUGCUGCGUGACUACCAGGAGCUCUAUAAUGUCAAGCUGACCUUGGAUGCUGAGAUUGCCACCUAUAGGAAGCUGCUGGAGGGAGAGGAGAGCAGGGUAUCUGGAGAAUGUGUGCCGAACGUGAGUGUGUCUGUGAGCACCAGCCAUGUCUCUGUGUCUGGUGGUGGAGGAGGAAGGUUCGGAGGUGGUGGUAGCUAUGGCUCUGGAGGUGGAGGUGGAAGUGGCAGCUAUGGCUCCAGCUCUGGAGGAGGCAGAUAUGGCUCCAGUGGUGGAGGAGGCAGCUACAGUUCCUCAGGAGGCCGGGGCUCUGGCUCUGGAGGAGGCAGCUAUGGUUCCUCAGGAGGCCGGGGCUCUGGCUCUGGAGGAGGCAGCUAUGGUUCCUCAGGAGGCCGGGGCUCUGGCUCUGGAGGAGGCAGCUAUGGUUCCUCAGGAGGCCGGGGCUCCAGCUCUGGAGGAGGAGGAGGAGGCGGCAGCUCUGGUGGUGGCUCUGGGGGCGUCAAGAGCUCAAGUAGCAGCUCUAGUUCAAAAUUUAUCUCUACCAAUUAUUCUACAGUCACCAAUUAA